AUGUAUCCAACUAUAAAAAAGCAAUUAAUUUCCAUAUUACACAGAGGAUCGAUGAGCGUCGCAGCGCAACUUCAAGACUUUGAGGUAUUUAAUGUGAACCCAGACCCUAAUGAAAUUAUGGUAAGAAACCAAAAACCCAUUGAACAAGGUACAAUUGGGUUCUUUUCACUCUACAGAUAUGCAAAUUGGGUGGACAUAUUUUUAUUUGUUUUUGGCACGUUUGGUUCAUUUGCAUCAGGAGCGCUUAAACCCUUGACAACUUUAGUAUAUGGGGAUUUAGUGGAUGUUUUUGCAUUUCGAGUAAAUGAGGAUAUCAUUUCAAUGCCGUUAGAAGAACAAGUCAAAUACAAUUAUCAAUUAGAAGAAACUAUUUCAUCAUCCAUUGAUACUUUAUGUCUAAGAAUGCUUCUCUUUGGUUUAAGUGAAGGUGUAGGAUACUUUAUUCUAAAAUUCUGCUUCUUUGUUGUUUCAGAACGACAAGGCAUCAAAAUUAGACUGCUUUAUAUGCGCUCUUUAUUAAGACAGGACUCUGCUUGGUAUGAUUUCCAAGAAGCUGGAGAGUUAACAACUAAAAUCACAAGUGAUGUGAAAACCAUAUCAGAUGCUAUGUCUCCAAGAUUUGGUGCACUCUUCCAAACAGUAGGUACGUUAUUGUCUUCGUUUGCUCUUGGCUUUGCAAAGUGUUGGGACUUAGCACUUGUGUUAGUUGCGAUGAUGCCAUUUAUCAUGAUCAUUUUGUUCUUUCUGGAAUUUGGUGUUUCUAAAUUGACUCAAAAAGCCGAUAAAUACACAACAAGUGCAGGUGGACAAGCGGAGUCGACCAUUGGCAACAUCCGCACCGUACAAUAUUUAAAUCAAGAAAACAACUUUGCGUCGUCUUACAAUGACAAGAUGAACAAGGCUGAAAAGUUUUUAUACAUCAGAGGAAGUCUAACUGGACUUGGGAUAGCAGUUGCAAUGUUCAUUAUGUUUGGUUCCUUUUCACUUGGGUCAUGGUACGCUUCAAUGAUCAUAAGAGGACAUGGCGGGUCUAAAAAUACAUCGGCUGGUACUGUUAUGACAGUCUUCUUCUCUAUUAUUACAGUGAUGCAAAUGUUGCCGACUAUUGGAACACCACUUGAGUUGCUUUCUAAAGGAAAAACAGCGGCAUUUCGAAUAUACAAUACCAUUGAUAGAAUACCAAAUAUCGACACUAAAGAUAAUUCAGGAAAAAAGCCUGAAACAUGCGAUGGAGAAAUUGUGUUUGAAGAUGUGCAAUUUAGUUACCCAAGUCGACCUGAAAAAACCAUUUUGAAUGGACUUGAUUUGACAAUUGAAAAAGGAAAGACAGUGGCUCUUGUUGGAGAGUCUGGCUGUGGGAAGAGUACUACAAUACAGUUGAUUCAACGAAUGUAUGAAAUCAGUGGCGGGUCGAUAAAAAUAGAUAACACCAAAAUACACGAAUUGAAUGUCAACUGGCUAAGAAGCCAAAUUGGGAUAGUUGGACAAGAGCCUGUGUUAUUUAACUGCUCUAUUAAAGACAACAUACUUCUUGGGGCAAAAGAAGAUCAAAAAGUGGCAGAUGAUGAUAUCAGUGAAGUCUGCAAAAUGGCGAAUGCAAGUGACUUUAUUAAUAAAUUACCAAAUAAGUAUGACACCCUUGUUGGUGAUAGAGGGGCACUUCUAUCUGGUGGUCAAAAGCAGCGAAUUGCAAUUGCAAGAGCUUUAAUAAAGAAUCCACAAAUUUUACUAUUAGAUGAGGCUACAAGUGCACUCGACACACAAAGUGAAAAAGUUGUGCAAAAUGCCUUAGAAAAGGCUGGUAAAGGUAGAACAACAAUAAUUGUCGCACAUCGACUUUCAACAGUGAGAAAUGCAGAUUUGAUUUGUGUGUUCCAUCAAGGAGAAAUAGUAGAGAAAGGGACACAUAACGAAUUAAUGGAUUUAAAAGGGACUUACUACAACUUAGUCAAACGGCAAUCUUUAGAAGAAGAGGCGGAUCAAGACGACGUUGAUCAAAAGGUGAAAGAAUCCAUGACAUUAAAAGACAACAAAGUUGAAGAUUCUCCUCUUUCUGAUGAUAUUAAAAAUGUUAACGAAGAAAACGAUGAAAAAGUUGAAGUAAUAGCUGAUGAAGAAAACGUCCGAAUCAAACAAGAGAGAAUUGAAAAGGAACAAAAAACACUGAAAACUUCGAAUCGAUUUUCACUGUUUAAAGUGGUGGUUGAAAACAUUAAGAAAGACCCAAUUGCAUUUACCAUUGGUGUUUUGGGUGCACUUGGUGGGGGUCUUGUGAUGCAGUUUUUCAUGUUGGGGUAUAUUGACGCGUUGGUCUAUUUGCUAGAGAUCAACCCGACGACUCCAGCAAACAGUCCGUUACUCCAAAAUUUCUAUGACAAAUUGUUAGAACUUUUCUUAUAUUCGAUAGGGAUGUUAUUCACUAUAUAUUUCUAUGCUGGACUGUUACUAUCAUCCAAAGAAAAAUUGAGUAUUCGAAUAAAAACAAUGUUGUAUUCAAACUUGUUACAACAGAAUGUCGAGUACUUUGAUAGAAAGGAAAAUUCGUUAGGAUCAGUGAUGAACAAGUUAAAUAGUGACACCAACUACGUCGUUGGGAUCACUGGAGACAACUUGGGAAAUGUUUUUGAAAUUCUGUCUGAGUUUGUGAGUGGUGUUGUAAUUGGGAUGUACUAUGAUUGGCGGCUUGGGUUGUGUUCAUUGGCCAUAUUUCCAAUUUUAGUGUUCUUUAUGUACAUGGACGGAUACUUAAAUUCAGAACAAAGUUCGCCAGCAAUUAAAGCUUAUGAGAAGUCUGGAAACACCUUAAUAGAAGCAAUUGAAGCUAUUAAGACAGUUCAAUCACUUGGCAAAGAGAAGUUCUUUUAUAUGAAAUAUGCAGAGAGUCUUGAAAAUCCAAGAAAAGGGAUUUUCAAGUGGGGAUUCUUUUUGGCGUUUUUUGAGGCAGUAAACAACGUGGUAUAUGGUACAAUCGACUCGUAUAUGUUCUACGUUGGAUUUAAAAUAGUCAAAAAGCGAUUUAAUUAUCAACAAGAGUAUAUAGGAUUUAUGCAACAAGUUGUGAAUGAGUAUUCUAUCAUGCAAAAGGGGACGUAUCCUGUUAUAUCUGCUUCUAUGUCAUGCAUUCGAAUUGGUCAAAUUAUUCCAGAAAUGGGAAAGGCGCAAGGAGCAGCCAAAAGGAUAUUUGAUAUCAUUGAUAGAAAAAAUGAUAUUGUGGAUAUAGACCAAAUUACAAGUUCAAAGAGUGACAAAUCAAAUGAAAAGUACGAACAAUUUGAAGACAAAAAUUCGCCUAAAAUUGAAGAAUACAAAAUUGAAAAGAAUUUAAAAAUUGACGAAGAAAUUGGAGGGAAUUUGUCGUUCAAAAAUGUGUAUUUCAGAUAUCCAACACGACCAGAAAAUAGCGUCUUAAAAGGUCUUGAUUUUACUGUUCAGAAAGGGAAGACUGUUGCUUUAGUUGGAGCUUCUGGCUGUGGAAAAAGUACUACAAUACAACUGAUAGAGAGAAUGUAUGACACAACUUUUGGAACAAUCGAAAUAGAUGAUAAAGAUAUUAAAACACUUCCACUCCAUAAAUUAAGAGAAAGUAUUGGAAUGGUCGGACAGGAGCCCGUGUUGUUUAGUGAAUCGAUAUUGGACAACAUUAAACGAGGAAGUUCAGACAAAGUCUCUAUGGAAAAGGUCAUUGAAAUAAGCAAAAUGGCUAAUGCACACGACUUUAUUAGCGCACUUCCUGAAGGAUAUAAUACACUUGUUGGUGAUAGAGGAAGUCAGAUGUCUGGUGGACAGAAACAGCGAAUUGCAAUUGCAAGAGCUCUAAUUCGAAAUCCAAAGAUUUUGUUGUUGGAUGAGGCUACAAGUGCACUCGACAGUGUAUCGGAAAAAGUUGUGCAAAGUGCAUUAGAAAAUGCAAGUAAAGGAAGGACAACAGUUGUAAUUGCACAUCGACUUUCAACAAUUCAAAAUGCAGAUGAAAUUUGUGUUGUUAUUCGUGGUAAAAUUGCUGAGAGAGGAACACAUGAAGAGUUAAUGAAAAUGAAAGGAUUUUAUCAUGCUUUGGCAUCUCAGCAAUUUGGUACUAAUGAUUGA